AUGAGGGAGACGUUAAUUGGUAUGGGGGCUUGGAGUAUUAGUGGAGAUGUAAAAAACAUGUGGGACACGAAUGGUGAUUGCAUUAGAAAUGCAGCUACCGAGGUAUUAGGGUUAUCGAGAGGUAUCUGUAAUGGUCGCCCAAGAGAUUGGUGGUGGAAUGGAGAAGUUCUAGACAAAGUAAAAGCUAAGAAGGUGGCCUAUAUGGAGUGGUUGGAGUGCAUGGAUGAAGAUGCGAAGUGUAGGCUUAAAGGUAUUUAUAAGACGGCAAAAAUAAAAGCAAAGUCGGUGGUCACGAGUGUUAAGACGGCAGUUUUUGAACACUUAUAUAUUGAGUUAGAGGAAAAAGGUGGAGAUAAGAGAUUGUAUAGGCUCGCCAAAGCGAGAUAG